AUGUCAAGCUCUUCUGUGGCCUCGUCUGGUAGUAUACGAUCUGACUUAUCACGAUUUCUGGACCCACGGCCAUACACUGGGAAUGAUGCAUCCGAGAAAGAUAAUACCGAGCCAAAGCCCGCUAAUUAUUUCAAACAAGAAAAUAAAUCAUGGAACUCUGAUAUAGCUGAGGAUGCAACACCAAAGGAGUCAUUUUUCAGAAAAUUCUUGAAAAAUCUCAGACCAGGUUACGUGAUUGACCACUUGGAUUAUCCUUCGUUUAAGAUUAUCUUUCGAACAUGGGUUCAAUUAUGGGUAUCGGUUAUCCUAGGGGUAAUCCCUAAAACGAGUCAUUGGAUGGGCAGUGCAGCAUACUUGCUUCAAAUAAUUGGAUUCGUUGCUGUCUCAGGUGGGUCUCUGGUGAUUAUGAGUGUGGUUAGUGGUGUGAUUUAUAUGUUUUACAUUUGCAUCGCUUGGAUACAUGCAAUUCUUGCAAUGAAGAUAUCUAAUAAACUUAGAGGAAGUAUUACGCCUCAGCAGUUGUCUGAAAUGCUUAUACAAGAAGGUACAUGCACAAUCGAUAAUAUUUCGACGUGUAUGAGUGAGCAGAUUUUCACUGGGAGAUUUCUUGAGACUAGGUGCACUGUAAUUUUCAUAUUUGCUUUAAUGUUUGGGAUCACCCUACUAGGAUUAACUUCGUCAUACCAUCCAUUCUUCAAGAUCGGCUUCAUAUUAGGGUCUAUUACACUAGUCAUUAAUAUUUGCUAUGGUGUUUUCUUUCCUAUAUUUGAACCUUUAUCAAUCGGAUUUAGUGUUAUACGGCCUAUGGGUAUUGGCCUUUCGUUGAGAGUUCUCUUCUGUAUAUUCAUUUUCCCGUCAACUUCCAAUCAUUCCUUUUUCCAGGGUGCUUCAAAAAUUGUUCAAGCAGUGAAACAGAUUUCUGAGAAAAAUACUGACUUUAUUCGAACUUUAAACCCUUCGUCCCCUGACUUUAUCAAUUACAAGGAUUUGAAAAAAGACAUUAUUCCGUUGAGUCGGAGAAUGGUUGCCUUGGAUAUAUUUGCAAGUACUGCCCGAUAUGAAGUAUCUUAUGGCAGAUUCGACUUAGGAGAUGCUGCUGAAUUCAGAUCGGCGUUCAAAAAUGUCGUUGGCUCACUUGCAAGUUUCUCCUACUUCUAUCAAUUGCUUCAUGAAAGGAGAGAUAUGGUUACUCAUAAAUACGAGUCAAUAUCACGUAGAGGAAGUCUUGUCUCAAAUGGUAAUAGAAAGGUAAAUGGCAGCUCUAAACUCUUUACAACUAUUCAGGAAUCUUACAAGGAGGUCGGAAAAUAUGAAAAUCGGAAAAGAAUUGAGCUCCUUAAAAGAAAGAUAUCCAAUCAAAAUCCUGAUAGUUUGUCUGCCGAUGACCUUGUUGAUAUAUCCAAAUUUAUUAGCGAACACUUCUCCUCAAUGUUUGAGGCCACCACGGAAGCUCUUGGUGUUGUGAUUGAAUGGAUGGGAGCAGCAAACGAGUUCAGAAUUUUAACACUUAUUAACCCACGCAGUCGCGAAAGAGCCAUAACUAGACAAAAAGAAUGCAAUGAGAAAGUAAUUCUCGCAAAACAGAAGAUUCAUGAUCAACUUACCUUUCUAAGAGACCAAAAAAAAUCUGAAAAACUACUCAAGGAUGCAAGUAGAUCGGAGGAAUCGUUAUUAGCUCUUAUCAGCCAAACUUCUCUUGUAAUUCAUCUACUCGAAUCGCAUUGUCGGCAGCUUCAAAGGAUAUUAGACUUAUUUUUAUCAAUUGAUGAAACUAGGCCAGUUCCAAAAUUUAUAACAUAUUUCACGAGAUCAAAACGAGAUUUUACUCACACUCUUCAUCUUAACUUAGAUGAAGAAUUCCCGCUGUAUCUUGAGAGCGAAAUCCAAAGAAGAGAUCCCGAUGCUUUACCACCUUCUUCGAUAUUUCAUCUUUUAGGAAUUAAGUUCGUCAAGUUGUACAAGAUUAUUCUGCACAGACAUCUUUGGUUUUGGAUUAGAACGGCGGGCUGUUCUGUUAUUGCUGCAACUCCAUAUUUUUGCAGGACGACGGCGCAUUGGUAUUACUCGAAUAGACUUAUAUGGUUGGUCAUUAUGACGACAAUAUCGACUUCAGAGAAUACUGGUGAGUCUGUCUACGUGUUCAUAGCAAAACUCUUCUAUACGUUUUUUGGAUGCUUACUUGGUAUGGUGUGUUGGUAUAUUUCUACUGGAAGUGGAAAUGGUAACUACUAUGGCUAUUGUGCAGUCACUGCUGUGGUAUAUCUUUACUUGUGCUAUUACAGACAUUUUUCUGUCCAUCUAUCACCAAUGCCUGCUGUUCUUUAUGCUGUGACAUCUGCAUUGGUGCUUGGCACAAGCUGGGUGGAUGCAAAACAUAUCUAUCUGGCUAAUAUAGGUGCUGGUUUUGAAGUUGCAUACACAAGAUUCAUAAGCGUUAUAAUCGGGUUAACAAUAGGGUUAAUUCCAACUCUAUUCCCUAAACCUCAUACCAGCAAAGCGGAAAUAAGAUUCAUACUCUCUCGAACAGUAGAAGAGGUGGGAAAUUUACAUUGCAGUGUCUCCAAAUUUGCAUUCGAGCGUAUUGAAAACCCUCUGCUUCAUAUACUCAACCGUCAUGAUUUUAUUCUUGAGAAGUUCAGAUACGUGCAAUACAAACUUUCCAGUAUUUCGAAACUUAUGAUAGCAUUGUAUUCUGAAAUACCAAUAACUGGAGUUUGGCCAGAGGCCAAGUACAAGAAAUUGCAAGAGCUUAUUUUGGAUAUUAUUCAAUUAUACUUUAUUGCAUAUUCCGCCCUUGAUAAGGUAAAAUCAACCUCAAAUUGGAUUCCAAUUAUUCUUAGGAGAAUGGGAUGGACGGAAUCAGAUCUUAAUGCAGAUAUAUUUGCAGUUUUGCAUAUGACUUCUCACGUAUUGAAAAAUGCUGACGAAUUACCUAAGAUUACAGAGGCCAAUAUAUCACUCAAGCAUUUAGAGAUUCUAAGACGGCAGUGGGGAAGGAAGAAUCUUUCUUUAAAUGAAAGAUUUUACAUUAAGGAUCACGAUGAUGAUAGUGCCGCCGAAUUAAUGAUAGAUGAAGACGAUAAUAAUAAAGAUGAAUUACACGAAUCAAUCAAGGUCAAUUUGGAUUUCAAAAAGUUCCUCAGCAAAGAUGGUAUUUUAGACGUGGUUCUAUUAUUAGUUAGCCAUCUAUUGUAUGAGAGAUUAGAUGAAAUGAUGUUGGCUGUUAAAUCAUUAGUUGGGGAAAAGUAUGACUUUAAUACUGAUAUAUUAGAAGAUUAUAGUGAUACUGACAAUUUACUUUGA